AUGAUGAAACCUAUUCUCCUACUUCUCCCAUCAAUCCUCACCGUUAAUCCCCCACUCCCAUCGCCAGACGGCUCAGAUUUCAUCCGUACGAGUUGCAACAGCACACUUUACCCCGACCUAUGCUUCUCAUCUCUCUCCACUUUUGCCAACUCCAUCCACAACGACUCAAACCGUCUCGCACGCGUAGCCAUCUCUCUCACUCUCUCCGACACUCUCCACCUUGUCUCCCACCUCCAAAACGCUUACGGCAACUGCGUUGACCAUGGUUGUGAUGGCCCAACCGCUGCUAUCAUAAAGGACUGUUCUGAGAAUCUUAAGGAUGCUGUCGACGAGAUGAGAGACUCGAUGAAGCAGAUGAAGGAGCUUGUUUCCACGGGCUCGGUCCAGUCCUUUAGGUUCCAGAUGAGUAACGUCAAGACUUGGCUCAGCGCAGCUCUCACUAACCAGUAUACUUGUACGGACGGAUUCGAGGACUUCCACGAGAAUGGCUCCAUCAAAGAUGACGUAUCCUCCCCACGGGUGGACGACGUUAAGAAGCUGACUAGCAUUGCGCUUGCUUUAGUUAAUCGCUACGCCGACAAGGCAAUACCUUAA